ACGAUUUCUGAUAAGAUGAGCACUACUGUGUCAGAGCAGGAGGACGCUCUUUAUAAUACAAUGUUUCUCUACCUGCUCUUCCCUCAGCUAGUUUUGUGUAACAGCUCUUCAGACAGUCCUUUUGGUGUUGCAUUUGUCUCCAACAUGUCUGUGGAUUGGGUAGGAUAUGGUUACGCGGCCCUGAUCGCUUCUGGGGGAGCCAUAGGUUACGUAAAAGCAGGCAGUGUCCCCUCACUCGCCGCUGGUGUUCUCUUCGGCGGCCUUGCAGGUUUUGGUGCCUACCAGAUCUCCAAUGACCCCAAAGCGGUUUGGGUGUCCCUUGUUACAUCAGGAGCUCUGACUGGUGUGAUGGGAAAGAGGUUCUACGGAUCCAGGAAGUUCAUGCCAGCUGGCUUGAUGGCUGCAGCAAGUCUUGUGAUGGUGGGGAAGCUCAGUUUGGCUCUGCUCCAGAAACCCCAGGAGUCCUGAUGGAGUGAAGACUCUGAUGUGACCCUAUGAUCUGUUUCAUGUCAGCAUUUGUCUUUCACUGCUGACCGUUAAUGUCCUUUUGUAAAAGUGUAUAUUUGAGGAUGAAAUAUAGAACCUUGUUUAUAUAAUAGAAA